AUGCAAUCAAAUAUUGUUGACGCAGUACGUGUCAGAGACAUCAUCAGUGGCGUCUCGGAUAUCCUCUUAUUACUUGUAGUAUCUUUAGAAAAUCAAAAUCGUAUAAAACGAGGGCCCGUAUUAGGGGAGUCACGGGAUCACUACGCUGUUUUCCGACGCGCCUCUGAAAGUUUUCCUGACUAUUAUUACUCUUUACACAAUAUUUCUUAUAAUUAUCUACCGACUUGGAGAUUCGAGUUCCAGAGCGGGUGUUUGUUACAACAAAAAAAAAGGAAAUAUUCGACGGGAUUUUUUUCAAGGACUGUUAUUUUUCAUCCAGUAGAGGUUGUAGCUCUUUUAGCAUUUCAUUUCACCGGAGGUUUCUAA